AGCAUUCCGACCUAUACCCAUUUCGACACGAAAAUACACAAAUAGUCUUUGAUUUGAUUUCCCAUCUCAUCCGAUCCCAUUUGAUGAUGAGCGACCGACUGGGCUACGAUGUGACCGAUCCCACUGUCCAGGUGCUUCGUUCCUCGGCUUUCAUGCAGAACGGGCCGGUGAAGCAGGUUCGCAGCCUGGAGGAUCUGGACCGAUGGGUGCGAUCGCAGGCCUACCACGAUACGAUCGCCUAUAUCAACCACACAAGCAGGGCGAUACAGGGCCAUCGGAUGUCGCGGAAUCGGGAAUCGCGCAACUUUGACUUCCCAGUCUCCGAGCAGAUGCGUCGCCUGUGCGAGAUCUUCGAUGGUUUGGACCACCUUCUCAUCGAGCAUACGCCCAAGCCGGAGGAUUCUGAUCCUGUAUCCUACAAGACCUGGAUGCAGCAGAUGUUCCAGCAUGUCUUUAGCAAACUGGACGAGGCCAUUCGCUCGAACUGCAAGCACAUCAACGAACUGGGGCAAUACCUUCGCCGUUCCUUCGGCAAUGUGACCACCAUGGACUUCGGACCCGCCAACGAGCUGAUGUUCGUCUUCUUCCUCUGCGGCCUCUUCCGGGCCGGAAUCCUCCUGGCCGGCGAUACGAUUGCCGCAGCCCUGAUGCUUUAUAAUCGGUAUAUCCAUCUGGUUCGCCGCCUGGUGGCCACCUACUCGCUGCCGCUGGUGAAGGAUCCCAUGUCCUCCAUCGAUGACUACUGCCUGCUGCCCUAUUUGUGGGGUGCCGCCCAGCUCUCGCUGGAUAGUCCCUUCUCGCCGAUGCAGUGCGAGCAGCAGCAGGUCCAGCGACAGCAGCAGGACUACAUGAUGCUGGAGCUCGUGGAGCAUUUGCAGCGAUCGCGCAGUGGCCAGCUGAGCCAGGUGGCCUUCCAGCUGUGGAGCCUGCUCUCGGUGCCCACCUGGCCGCAGGUCUAUCGGGGAUUGGAGCGAAACUAUAUCGACACGGUGCUCUGCUCCUUUCAGACCCUCGAGCAGGCCAUCUUCUGUGAACUCAUGUCGUUUGAACCCGCCAUGCCACCGGGUAACCAGUUGGAGCGGGCCUAUCUGGGGGCACAGUACCUGGAGCGGCACAACCAGGAGGAGGAGGAGAACGCAGAAGAGCAGGCCAAUCUUUGGGAACCAUCGCCGCCGGUCAGCAGAUAUGUGAGCAUGGAGCCAGAGUCCUUUCUCGGCUUCCAGGAGCCGAGCGCCUUUCAACCGAAAACCAAAUCGAAAUCCAAAGCGAACGAGAAGGAGGACAGCGAAGAGGACCAGCGAUUCUGGAUGCUGCGACAGGUGGUCGAUGAGAAGGACCCGAACAACGCCAUGUUCUUUCCCGAUCGCGCAGUUAACCAGAAUGACUCUGUCACCUCGUUUGCCACCGAAGGUCCCUGAAAUGUCAAACCAGUUAAUACAGAUAAACUUGUAAGGAUCGAAGCGAAA